AUGAGUAAAGCAUCCCAUAGUCCAAACGAUUUGAUCGAAUUUGAAAAUCACAAUCGAAAUUCUUCUUUUGGAAAGAGUAAAAAAUAUUAAUUUGAAUAUAGAAUUAUUGUCAACAGUUCCAAAUGUUCCUGCAUUCGGUUUUGGAACAUCCAGUAGACAUUAAGCAUCAUAAGUAUAUAGGGAAAACAGACUUAUGGAAAAAGGUAAACAUAGUCCAGGUCCAAUUUAUAAUCCAAUAAAUAAUUUUUAUCAUUAAGUUCCUAGAGCUCCAAGUGCCAAAUUGGGAACAUCUACAAGAUAGAGUUUAAAUUCAAAUCAUUAUGACUAUUAUAAAAGAUAAGAUUAGGAUGUAUUAUUUUAGAAAUCAUAUAGUUUGAACCUAAAAAAGCUGAUCAUCUUAGAAAAUGGUCUGCAGGAACAGUCAGAUUUGGAUAAGAAUAACGAUUCUUAUAAAAAGAAAUUACUAAAACUCCAGGUCCCAAUUAUGAUUUAACUUAAAGAGAAUAAGGCCCAAAAUAUACUAUGGGUAAUAGAAGAGCUCAUUCUAUUUCUUUUUCAACUCCAAGUACAGUUGGACCUGGAACUUACAAACCAAAAAAAGAUUUCUCUACAGAAUUGCAAGAAUAACCAAAAUAUUCAUUUACAAAGGCUCCAAAGAUACCACAAUAAAAGAAUAUUGAUAAAAAUUAGACUUAUUAUGUACAGUAUAAUAUUGUAUUCUAUGAAUUUAGAGAAAGUGUAGGAGCUUAAGUUGUUUCUACUAAACCAAAUAAACCAGCUUUUAGUUUUGGCAAAGGAAUAAGAGAAGCUAAAUUAGCUAUGUACAAAAAUGAUUUUGUAAAGAUUGGGGUAAACUUAAAGAUCGCACAUCCAAAAUUUUGAAUUAAAAA